AUGGAAAUUUUGUAUUUUUUGUUGAUUUUUGGACUAAUUGGCAUCAAAGUUGAUGGAAAUCCAGUUGAUAACGAGGAUGGCGAACGAAUUGUUGGAGGAACUGCAGCUGCUGAUGGAGUUGCUCCGUACCAAAUUUCCUUGCAAUCCAAAAAUUCUCACAAUUGUGGAGGGGCAAUUGUUAAUGAGCGAUGGAUUGUUACAGCUGCUCAUUGUUUAAAAGGUUAUUCAGCAUCUGAUUACAAAGUCAUGGCAGGCUCAAAUGAUUUAAAAUCCGGAGGAGAGUAUUACGAGCCCGAUUUAUUAUUAAUUCACAAAAGGUACAAUCGUCCCUCAUACCACAAUGACAUCGGCCUCGUACGUUUGAAAAAAGCUGUGAAAUUCAAUAAUCGUGUCAAAGCUAUCGACUUUUCCGAACACGAAGUCCCUGCGAAUGCAACUUUAACACUUACUGGAUGGGGUCGAUUAUCGGCUGGCGGUAAAAUUCCUUCACAACUUCAAACAAUCGACUUACGGCACGUUCCUUACGAAGAAUGCAAAAGACGACAUGGAGACAGCGAUACUGUCGAUAUUGGGCAUUUGUGUACCUUUACAAAGGCAGGCGAAGGAGCAUGUAAUGGCGAUUCUGGAGGUCCUUUGAUAUUCAACGGAAAGUUGGUUGGAGUUGUAAAUUGGGGAAUUCCGUGCGGAAGAGGAUUUCCGGAUGCUCAUGCUCGAGUCUCGUACUACCAUGAUUGGAUUAGGACCAAUAUCGCGGAAAAUUCUUAG